UCAGUUUUUGCCAUUAUUAAGAGUGGAUCUUUAAAAGUUCCGAGUCUCUUACAGGAAUAAAAGUUGCCAUGAACUUGCCACAGUGGUUAAUGUUUUGUUCGACUCCAUGCGGCGCUCUCGCGGUACUUUGAUGUCAUAUACCGAUAGAUCUGGGCAGACUGCGCCGUUGGUGUAAUGGCAGCGUUCGCGUCGCUAGCAGUGUAACGUAGAUGUAGUGAGUGAGCAACCACAGCAACAGGCACCGAAAGCCGCAGAACCGGUUAGACAUCUCAAAACCCGGAAGACGCGCGUGUAAGAGAUGGGAAGAUCUUUCUUCAUUUUACUUGAUUAAACUUUAUUUAAAUCACAAAACUUCGACAUCUGUCAGUUGCUUCAUUACGCACUACAGCUUCGAUCAGGAUGGCAGCGUCCGCGAUCUUCAUCCUGGACCUGAAAGGCAAGGUGCUCAUAUGUCGGAACUACAUGGGCAACAUUGACAUAAAUGUGAUUGACAACUUCAUGCCCAUAAUGAUGAAGAGUGAAGAUGAUGCUGAUUUGUCACCUGUGGUGAUUCAUGGCUCCACCCACUUUCUCUGGAUCAAGCACAGCAACCUGUACCUGGUUGCCAUUACAAAGAAGAAUACUAAUGCUGCCCUUGUGUACUCCUUCCUGUACAAAAUAGUGGAGGUGUUCACAGAAUACUUCAAAUCGAUGGAAGAAGAGAGUAUCCGGGACAAUUUUGUGACAGUGUAUGAGCUGAUGGAUGAAGUCAUGGACUUUGGCUUCCCUCAGACCACUGACAGCAAGAUCUUACUGGAGUACAUAACGCAGCAAGGGCAUAAGCUGGAAGUGGGUGCUCCACGUCCCCCAGCUACAGUAACCAAUGCUGUGUCGUGGAGGUCAGAGGGCAUCAAAUACCGGAAAAAUGAAGUCUUUAUGGAUGUUAUUGAGUCUGUCAAUUUACUGGUCAGUGCUACAGGCAGCAUUCUGCGGAGCGAGAUUUUGGGCAGCAUCAAACUCAAAACCGUUCUAUCAGGCAUGCCUGAGCUGAGGCUGGGAUUAAAUGACAAAGUGCUCUUUGAGAUCACUGGCAGAGAAAAGAAUAAAUCUGUGGAGCUGGAAGAUGUGAAGUUUCAUCAGUGUGUGCGUCUGUCACGUUUCGAGAACGACCGGACUAUUUCUUUUAUCCCACCCGAUGGAGAAAGUGAACUCAUGUCUUACAGACUUAACACCACGGUAAAGCCUCUAAUAUGGAUUGAGAGCGUAAUAGAGAGGUUCUCUCACAGUCGAGUAGAGAUCAAGGUUAAGGCCCGGAGUCAGUUCAAGAGCCGUUCCACUGCCAACAACGUGUCCAUUCUGGUGCCCGUACCCAGCGACGCUGACUCCCCCAAAUUUAAGACCACCACAGGUCAGGCUAAAUGGGUUCCUGAGAAGAAUGCUGUGGAGUGGAAUAUUAAAUCCUUCCCUGGUGGAAAGGAGUUCAUGAUGAGAGCUCAUUUUGGAUUGCCAAGUGUGGAAAGCGAUACAAUGGAAGCAAAGCGACCAAUCACAGUGAAGUUUGAGAUCCCUUAUUUCACAGUGUCUGGAAUACAGGUGCGAUACUUGAAAAUUAUUGAGAAGAGUGGAUACCAGGCACUACCAUGGGUGCGUUACAUUACUCAGAGCGGAGAUUAUCAGCUGAGGACCAAUUGAGAAAAGACACAUGUGAGAAAGCGCCCGGGUGUGUUCAUCUGUUGUCUGUCCUGUUUCACCUGUGAGACAGCAGCUGCCCUGCACCCAGCAGACAGACGGCUGAACCUGCCCUCUUGAUCAGAUUCUGCACUUGUGGAUGUGCAAGUAUUCAGGUUUUUGAAAUUGGGCUACUGAAAGCUCAGAACCAUAAUUUGAAUUGGUGUAGGUGUGUUAAAAUACAGAUCAAUUUAUAUGUCCAUUGCUAUGUUUAUAAUAUAUUCUGUUGGGACUUCCAAACCAAUUAAAUGGAUUCAUGUUACAAGAUAUGUUUUCGGUACUGGUUGUUUUUUUUACUGUUGUAGGUGAUGGUACACAAAAUGUGAUGUAAUCUGUAAAGCUAUAUACACAAGCCCAAUGAAAUUAAUACCUUGUGCUCAAAAUCAAUGAUUUAUAAGGCGGUGUACUGUUAGGACACCACUGUAACACUAUAUUUUCACCACGGUGGCUCCGUAUGACUCGAAAUACCACUAAUAUGCCUACAAACACUGACUUCGCAAGCUAUUAGACCUCUAAAAUAGGUGCAAUACUGCAAAAAUAUUUACUACUAUG